AGUUUAGUGAAUUAAUAAAAACUGUGCGAAAACAUAAAUAAGUUAUUCUAGUUGAGUAAUACAAUCAGUAAGAGAAGUAAAAAAAAAAUAGUAGAAACGAAACGUCAGUCAGUCUGUGCUAAAGAAUCACCAGCAACAAGCCAACAUUUCUUGUUGUCGAAACGGGAGAGCUGAGGAGAGUCAAACAAUGGCAACAACUACAAACAGUGCAUUCACUCGACGCUGCUACCUCUGACGUUUGUUUGUUACCACUGAUGCAGCUACCAUUUAUGCUGCCCCACUUGAAGAGUACUUUCGCGCCAAACCAACAACUCGCACUCAUUGAUAUGCCGCCGAAUGCACCUAUUUUGUGACAAAACGAGUCAAUUUUAAAUGCAACUACAAAAAAAGCUCAAAUAGUAGAUUCUAAAACGUAAAUUAAUAUAAAAUAACCAAUUGCGAUAAUUAAGAAACCAAAAGUGCGAAAAAAUGACAGUAACCUAUACAGCAGAGGUGGCAACCUGUCGAGGUUUUGGCUGCUUUCUCAAAUUACUGCGAAGAUGGCGCGGCAGUAUCUAUAAGUUGGUGUGGCUCGAUCUCAUCGCAUUUCUCUUUCUCUACUACGUACUUAGUGUAGUGUAUCGUUUUGUAUUAAACGAGUACCAGAAACAAGUAUUCGAGGGCGUUGCAAAAUAUUGCUACAGCUACAGUGAUCUUAUACCGCUGUCGUUUGUGCUGGGUUUCUAUGUGUCGAUAGUGAUGACACGUUGGUGGAACCAGUACACCAGCAUACCGUGGCCCGAUCCGAUUGCCGUUUUCGUUAGCGCCAAUGUGCACGGGCAGGACGAACGCGGACGUGUGAUGCGUCGUACAAUUAUGCGAUAUGUAUGCCUCUGCUUGACGAUGGUGCUGAUCAAUGUGUCGCCGCGUGUCAAAAAACGCUUCCCAGGCCUGACACAUCUCGUCGAUGCCGGCCUCUUGAAUGACAACGAGAAGUCGAUUAUCGAAAGUAUGAAUAAGGGUUUUCCGCGGCACUCCAAACAUUGGCUACCCAUCGUAUGGGCGGCAAGUAUUGUAACGCGUGCCCGCAAGGAGGGGCGUAUACGUGACGAUUUUGCGGUGAAAACGAUUAUCGACGAGUUGAAUAAGUUUCGUGGCCAAUGCGGUUUACUAAUAUCGUACGAUACGAUCAGUGUGCCGCUUGUGUAUACGCAAGUGGUGACAUUGGCGGUAUAUUCGUUUUUUCUCUGCUCGGUUAUGGGUCAACAAUGGACAGAGGAUAAGGAGGCUUUCCAAAAGAUUGACAUAUAUUUUCCAGUAUUUACAACGCUACAAUUUUUCUUCUAUAUGGGUUGGCUGAAAGUGGCUGAAUCGCUGAUAAAUCCAUUCGGUGAAGAUGACGAUGACUUUGAGGUCAACUGGAUGGUGGAUCGCAAUCUGCAGGUCUCCUACCUAAUAGUCGACGAAAUGCAUCACGAUCAUCCGGAACUAAUCAAGGAUCAGUACUGGGAUGAGGUAUUCCCCAAUGAAUUGCCAUAUACCGUGGCGUCGGAACGUUUCCGCGAGGAGCAUCCCGAACCGUCAACCGCUAAAAUCGAGGUGUCGAACAAGGCGGCAAUGCCAACGACGCUGUCCAGCGUACGCAUCGACGAAAUGGUUGGUAACAAAGGGUCAACCAGGCAUUUGUUACAAGGCCAAACCCAAAAUCCUGAUCAAACCCAAGCACAGACACCAAUGCAAGCAGUUAAUUAUAAAUUUCCCGAAAUGUCACAUGAAGAGGAGGCUGAUGAUGCCAGUGGCAUACAUUUCACAGCCGGCAAUGGCAAGGUACGACAAGGAUCCUCUCCCAGCCUCGCCAGCCUAAGUGGCACUUUGUCGCGUGUGAAUACAGUUGCCUCAGCGCUGAAGCGUUUUCUUAGUCGUGAAGAGCGUCCCGGCUCGACGACACCCGUCGAUGAGGGUACACAGAAAAAUCGUUUUCCCGGUAGUGCCAGUUCCGCCAGUCUUACCGGCAAUUUAAUUAUGAAACCACCCGGUAGUGUACGCAUCACCGAUCAGGUCAUCGAAGAAGUGGACGAACAAGCAACCAUCACGUCACAGCGCGCCAAUGAACAGGCACGUCCGAAUGUGCGCGACAUUUUCUUGCAGGAUCUCAACAAUCAAGGUUCAUCAGUGGCAAGCAGUGUGCCACAACGUUCCGAUCCGAUGGAUAUUCCGCCCAGACCGACAUCAUACAUGCGCACGCAGUCCACUUACGAGCCAAUGCUUUUUCCACCGGGCGGUGUGGAGGCUUUGUUGAGCUCAUCAGCGCCAACGAAUGGCAGUCCACUCAUUUCACAGACGGUUCCGAAUACGCCAGUGGGUGAUCCAUCGAGCACCAAGUCACUUUUCGAUCAGCAAAUAAAUCCGCUGAAGGGCAGUCGCGAAACGGAACGUCCCGCCGAAAUGCAGCAGGUUUUCAGAUGGUUUUUAUCGACUGUCGAUGACAUGGAAAUCAAAUCGACAACAGAUGCGCCAGGCGCUGAGGAUGAGGGCGACGAUUUCGACAAAUUGAAAGCCACGCGCGAAAAGGAACGUUUCCAGCGUCAACAACAGAAGAUGGCGCGUACCAUUAGUACAGCACCCGGCGUAGAGGGUGGGCCCACGGUUGUGCCCGUAGUAGCAGCUGCAAUAAUUCCGGCUGCCGUUAUGCCCACGCCGGCCGCACCAGCACCAGCGCCAGCGCAACCACCGUCCGAUGUACCAGCCAGUACAGAACAAUUGACAAGUGACGCGGCGAACGCAAGUGCGGAACCACUCACAACCUCAGCGACAACAGCUUCACCGGAUGCAAAAGAGGUUAACACUUAAAUGUCACUUAGUGAGGGAAGGAAUUUCAUACAUAGAAGGGGUCGUUUUAUAAUGUAGGCAAGCAAAGUGUAGUUUAUAUUCUUUUUUUUCGUCUUUUAUACAGGUUUAAGUAGCUAACUUUGCGCUAAAUUUGUUUAUAGAUUUUUUUAAUAUGCUCAUUUAUCAGCGUUAUC